AUGGCUGCUGGACAGAAAGCACCAGCACCACCUGUGAGCUGGCUACUACUGCAGGGAGAUGAGAGAUAUGGCUUGGGAAGAGAAGGACCUGUACCAGUACAUCAAAUGGUGUCUGCAAAAAACCAGCAUGCCAAAGCCAUGCAACCUGGGACAUAUCCGAUCAGAUCAGGUAGCUGUGGCACAGCUGAAGAAGCGAAAUUAAACGCAAUGAACUUACUGAUGAUCAAAAAUAGUAACUCACAGGAGAGGAGUUCUCCUCUAGUAGCUGUCAGCUCAGACUUCAAAACACUGGAGGAUGCUGCAGUGGCUGGACCUUCUCACUCUGGAGGUGGACCAGGUGUCAUGAAACACAACUGGGGAAGCCAAGACUGCACAGAUGGGUUUAUAACGGGGAGUCUGGGAGGGGGUGGCAGAGCUGCUGAGGAGCUGCUGGAGUCCCCACCUUGGGACAUGGGGCAAAAAGCCUGGUCCAGACUGCAAGCUGCAGGUGGGAACUCCUGGGCUUGGUGUGAUGGAAAGCUUCAGAAGUGGCAGGAAAGAGAUGAAAUAACAGCUAUGACCCUAGUAGUCAUUCAAGAUAUUAUUGACCUGGAGGAUUUGUGUGCAGCGUCGUCCAUCGGGCUGCGGCUGGUGCUGGAGUACCUGUACACGGCCAACGUGACCCUCUCGCUGGACACGGUGGAGGAGGUGCUGUCGGUCAGCAAGAUCCUGCACAUCCCGCAGGUCACCAAGCUGUGCGUGCAGUUCCUCAACGACCAGAUCUCGGUGCAGAACUACAAGCAGGUGUGCAAGAUCGCCGCCCUGCACGGCCUGGAGGAGACCAAGAAGCUGGCCAACAAGUACCUGGUGGAGGACGUGCUGCUGCUCAACUUCGAGGAGAUGCGCGCCCUGCUCGACUCGCUGCCCCCCCCCGUCGAGUCGGAGCUGGCGCUCUUCCAGAUGUCCGUGCUCUGGCUGGAGCACGACCGGGAGACCCGCAUGCAGUACGCCCCGGACCUGAUGAAGCGCCUCCGCUUCGCCCUCAUCCCGGCGCCGGAGCUGGUGGAGCGGGCCCAGUUAUUUGUUGGCCUCCAGCGUCUCAAAUCCUUUUAUGUCAUGAGAUUUGUGGAUGUAAGUAAAAUUCACUGCCCAAUCACCUGCUCUUGCUGGGUCUGGGCUGGUCUUCUGGCUCUUUUUGUUAGCACCUUGCCUUCAGUGAGCAAAUACCUGAAGUUCAAUUUGGCUCUGCUGCAGUUAAGAAUUCGUUCCAAUAAGAAAAUGCUGUUAUUGGUUGGAGGAUUGCCUCCCGGACCUGACCGGCUACCCAGCAAUUUGGUUCAGUAUUAUGAUGAUGAAAAGAAGACGUGGAAAAUACUGACAAUUAUGCCGUAUAACAGUGCCCAUCACUGUGUUGUGGAAGUGGAAAACUUCUUGUUUGUGCUGGGAGGAGAAGACCAAUGGAACCCUAAUGGGAAACACAGUACAAACUUUGUUAGCCGAUACGAUCCCAGGUUUAACAGCUGGAUACAACUUCCACCCAUGCAAGAGAGGAGAGCCAGUUUCUACGCCUGCCGCCUUGACAAGAACUUGUAUGUAAUUGGUGGAAGAAAUGAAACUGGCUACUUGUCCAGCGUGGAAUGCUACAAUCUGGAGACAAACGAGUGGCGUUAUGUGUCUUCGUUGCCGCAACCUUUGGCGGCCCACGCAGGAGCCGUUCACAAUGGCAAGAUAUAUAUUUCAGGAGGUGUUCACAAUGGAGAAUAUGUCCCCUGGCUGUACUGCUAUGACCCCGUGAUGGACGUCUGGGCCCGAAAACAGGACAUGAACACAAAGCGAGCAAUCCACACUUUGGCUGUAAUGAAUGAUCGACUGUAUGCAAUUGGAGGAAACCAUUUGAAAGGUUUCUCUCAUCUCGAUGUUAUGCUUGUGGAAUGCUAUGAUCCAAAAGGUGACCAGUGGAAUAUCCUCCAGACCCCCAUUCUGGAGGGUCGCAGCGGCCCUGGCUGUGCAGUCCUUGAUGACAGUAUUUACCUUGUAGGAGGCUACAGCUGGAGCAUGGGAGCCUACAAAUCUUCUACUAUUUGCUAUAGUCCUGAGAAAGGAACUUGGACAGAACUAGAAGGAGAUGUUGCUGAGCCACUUGCAGGACCUGCCUGUUCGACUGUCAUACUGCCAGCCUGCGUACCAUACAACAAAUGA